UAGCCAACUAUAGGCUAGUUCAAUGCACCAAAACAAGAACUGCGGACUAUAAAAAUGAGUAUUUUAUUGGCAGCUAAGUACCAGUAACGAUUCAAUCGUAGAUCAGUUAACAACUGUAAUACUUAGUCAAUAAACUCCAAAGAAAACCAGCAACAUGAAGUUCGCCGUAUUCACCGUAGUCGUGCUUGCUUUGGUCUUCCAAACCCAAUCAUCUGUCAUUCCAAUCGGUUUGGGAGGUAUUGGUCUAUCAGUUGCCGGACCUUUGGGACAUGUUGUGGUGCCUGGUGGCUCUGUGGCCAUUCAAAGUCCUGUCAUUCAAGGACUUCCAUCAAGUGUUGCUGUUCAAGUUCCAAAUGUGGUCUCCGUUCCUGGUCUUCCUGCUGCUGUAACUGUUGCCCAAUCACCUGUUGCUCUGCCAGCUCCAGCAGUUGCUGUUUCUGCUCCAGUUGCUGUUGCUGCUCCAGCAGUUGUUGGUGUUGAAGGUACUUAUGUGGCCAAGACACGUGGUGCUGUUCACGUUGCUCCUCUCGCAGGACACGCUCAAUCAGCUGCCUCAGUUAAUCUUCAACCAGCUCCAGGAACUUUGUAAACAAAAGACAACAAAAUGCUAUAUACAAACGGAAUGAAGGAAAUGAAAUAGAUUGAACAAAAAAUGUGACCUCUGACUCUAAUCUUUGACGGAACUGGAAACUUUAUCUCAGUUAUUUAUAAAGGUGCUCUACAAACUUAUGUGCUGCCUUCUCUAGGUAAUAACUUAAAAUAAUUUUCUGUGGUAUAUCACAGGGUUUUGUUUUGUGUCAUAUCACUUUGCUUUGUUUAAAAAUAGUUUUGUUUUUAAUUCAAUGUUUAUAAAUAAAUCAAUGCAACAUGGACUUCUAAAAUAGUCAAACACAUAAAA